AUGGCGUCCCUCUUCAGCGGUCCCCCCGCCACGCGCCCCCUCGUUCUGCACUCGCAGAUUGAGCGCGUCAACAUUCUUGUUCCCGCUUCGCCCCUUUCCGCCUGGGUCGCUUCCGAAGUCCUCGCCCAGGAGUUCCACGACUCGCCUUUAAGCAAGGACGACGCUGCUGAGCCCACUGCCGAUGAGGACGAUGAGGGCGCUGCCGUGCCUACCGGCCCCGACAAUGAGGGCCAGGUCAAGCUCCUCGCUCGCUUCCUCGGCUUUGCGGCCGACAAGCUCACCGCCGGCGGUGACCAAACUGCCGAGAUCGCCCAGGUCGUCCUGGCUGCGUACAAGCGCUUCAAUGAGCUCUUCCUUGGUUCGACCAACAUCCACACUCGCGUUCAGUCUUACGACGUUGAGGCGCGUGCUGAGAUUCUCACCGCCUACUUCAAGGCUUUUGCUGCGCUCCGCGUCGCUCUCGGCGCUUCCGAGGUGCCCGCUGCCCACCCCUCUGCCGUGAUCGAGGCUGCCAAGGCUGGCGAUGCCGAGCUCUACGGCCUCUUUGGUGGCCAGGGCGUUAACGAGUACUACUUCGACGAGCUCAAGGCUCUCUUUGACAUUUACCGCCCCUUCGUUGAGGAGACCCUCACCACCCUCUCACAGGAUGUUCUCGUCCCGCUCGCCGACAAGGCGACCGCGGCUGGCUUCCCCUACUAUGUCGACGGCCUCGACGUGAUCUCGUGGCUCAACGGCUCCAAACCCCGCCCUGCCGUCGAGUACCUCGCCUCGAUCCCGGUCUCGCUUCCGGUGAUCGGCAUCACCCAGCUUGUCCAGUACAUAGUCUCGGCGCGUAUCGCCGACGUCUCCCCCGGGGAUCUCCGCAACCUCAUCAAGGGCGCAACCGGCCACUCGCAGGGUAUCAUCUCUGCUGUCGCCGUCGCGGCUUCCUCCACUUGGGAUGAGCUUUACGCAAACAUUGCCAAGGCUGUCAAGCUCCUCUUCUACAUUGGCCUCCGCGGCCAAGAAUUCUUCCCGCUCGUCUCGCUUGACCCCGAGAUCGUGGCCGACGCCAACGAGCACAGCGAGGGCACCCCCACGCCCAUGUUGGCUGUCAACGGUCUUAGCCGCAAGGCCCUCGAAGCUCAGAUCGAGAAGGUUAACAAGUUCCUUCCCGACAACUGCAAGGUCGGCAUCUCGCUUUUCAACGCCGCGACGAUGUUCAUUGUGACUGGCCCCGCCAAGUCUCUCUACGGUCUCGCGACCGCUCUCCGCAAGGUCCAGGCUCCCGCCGGCCUUGACCAGGGCCGUACCCCCUUCUCGAAGCGCAAGUCGGUCUUCACCAUCCGCUUCCUGCCCAUUAAUGUGCCCUUCCACUCGGACUACCUCAUUGGUGCGACCGACAAGCUCCUCUCCGAGGACCUCAAGGACACUACUCUGUUCAAGGCUGCCGACCUCGGCAUGCCCAUUUACAACACUGAGGACGGCUCUGACCUCCGCAGGAUCUCGGGUUCGCUUGACAAGGAGCUCUGCGACCAGAUUUUCACCAAGCACAUCCACUGGGCCAAGGCCUGUGACUUCCCCAAGACCGCCACCCACGCUAUUGACUUUGGCCCGGGCGGCAAGACCGGUGUCGGGUUCCUCACUGCGCGUGUCACCGAGGGCCGUGGUGUCCGUGUCGUCUUCAUCGGCGAGAAGGGCAAGGUCGGUGCCGAGCUCUAUGACGCGACCAACGUUGUCCGUGAGCCCAUUUGGCACGACCAGUUCCGCCCCCGCCUCGUCAAGACGGCGGACGGCAAGGUCAACAUCGACACGUCGUUCUCGCGUCUCCUUGGCAAGCCUCCCAUCAUGAUCCCCGGUAUGACUCCCACUACCGCUGGUGCCCAGAUGGUCUCUGCCACCCUCAACGCCGGCUACCACAUCGAGCUUGCGGGUGGUGGUCACUUCAACGAGCAGGUUCUCCGCGCCAAGAUCGACGCCAUUGAGCAGCGCAUCAAGCCCGGAAUCGGCAUCACCCUGAACGCUCUCUACAUCAACAUGAGACAGUUCCAGUUCCAGUUCCCCCUCUGGCAGCAGAUGCGCCGUGAGGGCCACCCCGUCGAGGGCUUCUGCAUUGCUGCAGGUAUCCCCUCGUCGGAGAAGGCGACCGAGAUCAUCGACGCCCUCCGUGCCGCCGGCAUCAAGCACGUCAGCUUCAAGCCUGGAUCGGUCGAGGGUAUCCGCCAGGUCGUCAACAUUGCCGCCGCCAACCCCGACUACCCCAUUAUCCUUCAGUGGACCGGUGGUCGUGCCGGUGGUCACCACUCGGCUGAGGACUUCCACCAGCCCAUGAUCACCACCUACAGCGCGAUCCGUCAGCACCCCAACAUUUGCCUCAUUGCCGGUUCCGGCUUCGGUGGCGCCGAGGACGUCUGGCCUUACAUCUGCGGUGACUGGUCGGUCAAGAUGUUCGGCCUCCAGCCCAUGCCCUUCGACGGUGUUCUCUACGGCUCGCGUGUCCUUGUUGCCAAGGAGGCCGAGACCAGCCCGGCUGUCAAGCAGCUCAUCGUUGACGCCCCCGGUGUCACCGACGCCGACUGGGAGGGCACUUACACCAAGCCCACCGGUGGCAUCCUCACGGUCCGCUCAGAGCUGGGUGAGCCGAUCCACAAGAUUGCCAACCGUGCCGUUGUUCUCUGGAAGGAGUUUGACGACACUGUCUUCGACAUGCCGCGUGACAAGCGCCAGGCGUGGCUCGAGAACAACCGCGAGUGGAUUGUGAAGCGCCUCAACGCCGACUUCAACAAGCCCUGGUACCCUCAGAAGAAGAACGGCGACAUUGUCUACGACAUUGCCGAGAUGACCUACGAGGAGACCAUCAACCGCAUGUUCGACCUCAUGUACGUGGCCAAGCAGAAGCGCUGGGUCGAUGUCUCGCUUCGCAACCUCUUUGGUGACUGGCUCCGCCGUGUCGAGGAGCGCUUCGCCGGCGUUGACGGCGCUCGCACCAAGGAGUCCCUCAUCCAGUCGUACCACAGCCUCGAGGACCCCAACCACAUCCUCGGCCUCUUCUUCGGCUCGUACCCCGGCACCAAGGACCAGCUUAUCUCGUCCGACGACAAGGCGUACUUCCUCAACAUCUGCAACCGUGUGUGGCAGAAGCCCGUACCCUUCAUCCCUGUCUUCGACAACAACUUCGAGUUCUGGUUCAAGAAGGACUCGCUUUGGGCUGCUGAGGACGUCGAGGCUGUUCCCGAGGGCGACGCUCAGCGUGUCUGUAUUCUUCAGGGCCCGAUGGCGGCCAAGUUCUCGACCGUCGUCGACGAGCCGAUCGGUGACAUGCUCGACAACAUUGAGGGCCUCCUCGUUAAGAAGAUCCUCGAGCGUUACUACGACAACGACGAGUCCAAGGUCCCGAUCCUCGAUUACAUCGGUGCCCGCGCCCCCGAGGCUCACACCCACAUUGCCCACGAGACCAUUGAGGGCAACACGCGCUCGCUCCAGCUCACCGACCGCGUCCCCGACGUCGAGGACUGGCUCCAGCGCAUCGCCGGCCCCAAGCUCAGCUGGCUCCGUGCUGCGCUCACCACCGUCAACGUUGUCCAAGGUGGCAACUACGUCACCAACCCCUUCCGCCGCAUCCUUAAUCCUCGUAAGCACCAGAUUGUGCGCAUCCAGGAGGACGCGAACGGCGUCCCCAUCAGCGUCAAGAUGUACGGCGGCAUCCGCUCGUCUGGCUUCGCGCACCCCGACUUCAAGGCUGUCGACCUCUCGUAUGACGCUAAGACGCGCAAGAUCACCCUCCAGCUCAACGAGGAGCGUCUUGGUUCGUCGGUGCCCCUCACCUUCCAGUUCCUCUACAAGCCUGAGCAGGGCUACGCGCCCAUCCACGAGGUCAUGGAGGGCCGCAACAAGGCAAUCAAGGACUUCUACUGGCGUGUCUGGUUCGGCGAUAACGAGAAGCUCCCCUCGCUCCCGCUCGACCAGGCGUUCACCUGUGGCGAGACCACGGUUGACCCCGUCACCAUCCAGCGCUUCUGCGACGUGGUUGGCAACCAGGGCGAGGCGUUCAAGCAGCGCCGCAACAAGAACAUUCUUGCGCCCAUGGACUACGCCAUUGUUCUUGGCUGGCAGUCCAUCAUGAAGACCAUCUUCCCCGAGGCCAUUGACGGUGACCUCAUCAACCUUGUCCAUCUCUCGAACGGCUUCCGCUUCGUCGAGGGUGCUGCGCCCCUCAAGGCCGGCGACGUCUGCACCACCGAGGCGCGUGUCACCUCGGUUGUCAACUCGGACUCGGGCAAGACUGUCAAGGUCAAGGGCUACGUUCUCCGCAACAACGAGCCCGUGAUCGAGGUCGACUCGGCCUUCCUCUAUCGCGGCCGCUUCACCGACUACCAGAACACGUUCGAGACUAUUGAUGAGCCCGACUACGUCGUCUCGCUCGACAAGCCCACUUCGGUCGGCGUUCUCCAGUCCAAGGAGUGGUUCGAGUGGGACGACGACUCGGUUGCCCUUGACGUCGGCUCUGAGCUCACCUUCAAGGUCAAGUCCAAGUACCACUUCAAGGACAAGUCGACCUACUCCUCGGUCCAGGUCAGCGGCGCCGCCUUUGUGCGCAGCCAGACCAAGGCCCUUGUCCAGGUCGCCACCAUCGAUUACGAGGCCCACAACUCGCACGGCAACCCGGUCGUUGAGUACCUCAAGCGUGUCGGCAAGCCCGUUGGCCUCCCUGUGGCCCUCGAGUCGGGCUACUCGCUCAUCGCCGACCAGUCUGCUGCCACUUUCAAGACCCCCGCUUCCAACGAGCCGUACUCCAAGGUCUCAGGUGACUUCAACCCCAUCCACAUCAACCCCUACUUCUCCGACUUUGCCAACCUGCCCGGUACCAUCACCCACGGCAUGUGGUCGUCGGCUGCCACCCGCAAGUACGUCGAGUCGAUCGCUGCCGACAACCACCCGGAGCGUGUUGUCUCGUACAACGUCGGUUUCGUCGGCAUGGUCCUCCCUGGUGACGAGCUUCACGUCAAGCUCACCCACACUGCCAUGCACGACGGCAAGAAGGUCAUCAAGGUUGAGGUCCUCAACCAGAACGACACCAAGGUGCUCGACGGCCAGGCCGAGGUCCUCCAGCCUCCUACCACUUACGUCUUCACCGGCCAGGGCUCGCAGGAGGUCGGCAUGGGCAUGGAGCUCUACAACAACUCGGACGUCGCUCGCGCUGUCUGGGACGCCGCCGACGCCCACCUUACCUCGGUUUACGGCUUCUCCAUCAUUGACAUUGUCAAGAACAACCCGAAGGAGCUCACCAUCCACUUUGGUGGUAUCAAGGGCCAGGCUAUCCGCCAGCGCUACAUGGAGCUCACCUACGAUUCUGUCGACGAGACCGGCCAGGUCAAGACCCAGCCCCUCUUCGGCGACAUUGACCUCCACACCACCUCCUACACCUUCUCGCACCCCCAGGGUCUCCUGUACGCCACCCAGUACACUCAGAUCGCCCUUGUCGUCACGGAGAAGGCUGCGUUUGACGACAUGAAGGCCAAUGGCCUCAUCGACCAGAAUGCCUCGUUCGCCGGUCACUCGCUCGGCGAGUACUCGGCGCUCGCCGCCAUUGCCGACGUCCUCCCGAUCUCGGCGCUCUCCGACGUCGUCUUCUUCCGUGGCAUUACCAUGCAGCGCGCUGUCAAGCGUGACGCCGAGGGCAAGUCGCAGUACGCGAUGAUGGCUGUCAACCCUUCGCGUGUUGGCAAGACCUUCUCCGAGCCUGCGCUCCGUGAGAUUGUGGACCAGAUCUCGAAGCAGAAGGACUCGCUGCUCCAGAUUGUCAACCUCAACGUCGCCGACCAGCAGUACGUGUGUGCGGGUGAGCUUCGCGCUCUCGCGACUCUCACGAACGUCCUCAACGUCCUCAAGCACCAGAAGAUCGACCUUGAGAAGCUCUCGAAGACCAUGUCGGUCGAGGAGCUCAAGGAGCACCUCGUUGGCAUCAUCGACGGCGGCUGGGACAUGAUGGCCGAGAAGGCCAAGAAGGACGGCGGCGAGAUCAACCUCGACCGUGGCUACGCCACCAUCCCUCUGCCGGGUAUCGACGUCCCCUUCCACUCGCGCUACCUCUGGCCUGGUGUCCUCUCCUUCCGCAACUACCUGAUGAAGAAGAUCGACCCCGAGCACCUCAACCCCGACCGUCUCGUUGGCAAGUACAUUCCCAACCUGAUCGCCGAGCCGUUCGAGGUCACCAAGGAGUACGUGCAGAAGAUCUACGACGAGACCAACUCGCCCCGCAUGGACUCGGUCCUCAAGGGUUGGGAGAAGGACUCGUGGGGGUCUGCUGCCAACCGCCAGCGUCUCGCCUACAACAUCCUGACCGAGUGUCUUGCGUACCAGUUCGCCUCGCCCGUGCGCUGGAUCGAGACCCAGGACGUCCUCUUCCAGCAGGCCAAGUUCGAGCGCUUCAUCGAAGUCGGCCCCGGCCCCGUCCUUUCUGGUAUGGCCAGCCGUACCCUCAAGGCCAAGUACGAGGCCCAGGACGCUGCCACCGCCCUCAAGCGCCAGAUUCUCUGCCACGCCAAGAACCAGAAGGAGGUCUACUACGCCUUCGAGGACGAGGCUGCCGAGGAGGCGACGCCUGCUGCUCCCGCUGCGGAGGAGAAGGCUGCCCCAGCAGCCGCUGCGGCCCCGGCUGCCGCUGCUGCCCCGGCUCCCGCCCCCGCUGCUUCGGCUGGCCCUGCCGCUGCCGUUGACGACGUGCCCCCCAAGGCCGUCGAUACCGUCCGCUUCAUCGUUGCCCAGAAGCUCAAGAAGCAGGCCAGUGACAUCCCUCUCUCCAAGUCGCUCAAGGAACUCUCGGGCGGCAAGUCGACGCUCCAGAACGAGAUUCUCGGUGACCUCGGUGUCGAGUUCGCCUCGGCACCCGAGAAGGGUGAGGACCUUCCUCUCGACGAGCUCGGCGCUGCGCUCUCGGUCGGCUACAGCGGCCUUGGCAAGCACUCGAUGGGUCUCACCAACCGCAUGAUCGCGUCCAAGUUCCCCGGUGGCUUCAACAUCUCGGCAGCUCGCCACCACCUCAACAAGCAGUGGGGUCUUGGCCCGCUCCGCUCGGACAGCGCCCUCUUCUUCGGCAUCCUCAACGAGCCGCCUAAGCGUCUCGGGUCUGAAGCCGAGGCCAAGGCCUUCCUCGACUCGGUCGCCCAGUCGUACGCCUCUUACUCUGGCAUCACCCUCUCGCAGGGUGGUGGCGGUGGCGGCGGCGGCGGUGGUGGUGGCGGCGCGGUGAUGAACUCGGAGGAGUUCGACAAGUUCGUCAUCAAGCAGGAGGAGCAGGCGCAGCGCGAGAUCGAGCUCCUUUCGCGCUACCUCGGCAAGGACCCCCGCUCUGGCGACAAGCGCGCUGAGACCGCGAAGGCCGAGGCCGACUCUCUGCAGGCCAAGCUCGACGCGAUCAAGCUCGAGCACGGCGACGCGUACAUUGACGGCAUUGUGCCGGCAUUCAGCCCCAACAAGGCGCGCGUCUUUGACAGCUCGUGGAACUGGGCUCGCCAGAGCUCGCUGCAGCUCUUCUACGAUAUUAUCCAGGGCCGCAUCGACCCGAGCACCAUCUUUGAGAGCGAGCGCGAGCCGCGAUACCGCCCCACCCAGUAA